AUGGUUGGCAUUAUAGAAAGAUUCCGGGCAAUGGCUCCCAUGUAUUAUAGAGGUGCACAAGCAGCUUUACUGGUGUAUGAUAUUACCUCACAAGAAAGUUUUGAGGAACUGUCUUCUUGGAUCGAAGAGUUAAAAAGAAACAUGACAGAAGAUUUGGUUAUUGUUGUAGCAGCAAAUAAGCUUGAUUUACAAGCUCGGAGGGAGGUGUCUUACAAUGAUGCUCAAAAAUACAUCACGCGUGUAUUGGGCCCAGAAACAUUAUUAUACGAAGUAUCAGCAAAAGAUGAUGACGGCCAAAUUGAAGACAUUUUCAUUCAAAUAGCUCGUGUCCUAGUAGAGCGCAAGCAAUAUCUUCCAUCUUCAAGAAAAAAACCUACUACUUAUUUACCUAUGGAUGAAGAACCUGCAGCUCCAAAAUCGUCAUGCUGUGGUUUUUAA